GAGGAGAGAGAACAGGCCGGCUCCUUCUGCACUGCACGGCGCGUCUGUUGCUACAAGGAGGGGCGAGGAGAGGGAGGGAGACUGAGGAGUCCAUGUGAUACGCUCAGGACUGGUUGAACCGGUGUCGUCUCCGAAGCAGCUGCUCAGGAGGAGCGUUUCUGUCAUAGUGUCAGAGAGGAAUGGGGAGUAAUGGACGGAGCCUUCCAGACCCCAGCAAGCCUCUUCCCGUCUCAGCUUGGGAUUCUGAAAGCCCUUCAACCUUCAUGGAUGUCCUCGCCGUGCGUGAUGCUGCCGUCCUUCCCUCUGCCUGCCUCUCUGCACGGAUGCUGCUGCGGUCGCACGUGUGACCAUCACAACCCGUGAUCCUGUAGGGUCUGCACGCCGAGCCAUGCCGCUCUUGAGUGACAGCCAACUCCCCAGCGUUCUCAUUUCCGCCUGGCAGCUGUAGGAAACACCUUAUGGAUGAGGCAGGUACUGGACGCUCCCGCACAAAAGGAAGAUGCAAUAUGCGCUAACACAGACAAUCCAGCUGCCUAGAAUUCUAGUCUCGGCUUCAAGAUUCUCCCGCAGCAAAAGAGCUGCCGGGCUCUGGACUAUUUCUGGAGUGGAUGUCUCUUCUGGUGAAGCAGAGCACCAAUCAAUAGCCACAUCUGCGCUGGAUAUUUGAGAGACGGACACCAUGGAUCAAGCUAAAUGUUCCUGCGGCGCCUCCCCGGUCCCUCCCCAGGACGGCCAACAUGGUCUCCACUACGAGCACAUGAGUGGAGGCGCGCACCUGCAGCAGCGCACCACCUACCUCAUAUCCCUCACCUUGGUCAAGGUAGAGGCUGUGGAGGAUGAAGGGGGGGAGCCCCAGACGGAUGUGAGGCAGUCAUCAGAUGGAGAGACGCGGGGCCUGACUGGGGCUGAGGACCGAGCCACAGCACUUGUAGCUUCCCCACAGAGGACCAGUCCAUGGUCUCAGAAAGAUCCCAAGUCUUUCACCAGUGAUGCCCAGCGAAGUGACGUCUCGACGGCCCGACCGUCUGAAAGGACAGGAGAAGAAAGGACACUGUCCGCUGCAGAGAUCAAACAAAGCAGACCUCCAUCUUUGGUUUCCACACCUCCAGCAGAGGUGUUUGAAUCCAUCCGCACUCCAACCAGGACGAACCUUCCGAUGCGACCAGUGGGGCAAAGGCCUGUGAGUCUGCUGAAGUCUCAGAGCAGUGCACCGAUGCGGGGCAGGGACUCCAGAGAGGGCAGGGAGCGCAGCCCCACCGCGGCGCAAAGUCUGGACCGCAAGGACUGCCGCGUGCCCAUGCGCUCGCCCGGCCCUUGUAGGGCCUCCUGGACUGAGGCCAGCACGUCUGAAGGAUGGAGAGAUCCCAGGGAUCAGGUCCCGGGUGCACGACCAUUAGAGGCGGGAUAUGAAGGCUCAGCGGUGAUGAGAGACCUGCCUCGGAAGGAGAGGCUCAAGUCAGGCUCAUCUUCUUUACCGGCCAGCGCAAACCUGGAAUCAAAGCCCACAAGGAAGGGCAAGAGCCGGACCAUUGACAACAGUGACCUGAACAGCCUCUCUGAGGACCUGGGGCAGGCCCAGCACGGCCCACGCACUUCUGCCAAGGACAGAAAGAUGCUGAAAUUCAUCAGCGGGAUUUUCACAAAGAGCAGCUCCGGUUCUGGGGGCUCCUCCUCCACACCGCCGUCAGUCUUCAUCCAGAGAGAUUCCAGUGAGGAGGAAGUGAACAUCGCCAACAGCCAGGACUGGAGUCUGAGCCGAUCCAUUCCCGAGCUGAGACUGGGCAUUCUGGGAAGUCUGAAAAGUGGCAAGUCUUCACUGGUGCACAAGUACGUCACAGGCAGUUACGUUGCUCUCGAGAAGCCUGAUGGUGAAAGGUAUAAGAAGGAAGUGCUGGUUGAUGGAUGCAGUCAUUUGUUGCUGAUCCGGGAGGAAGCUGGGCCUCCUGAUGCACAGUUCAGCAGCUGGGUGGAUGCAGUGAUUCUGGUCUUCAGUCUGGAGAAUGAGAGCAGCUUCCAGGAGCUCUACCAGCUCUACAGUCAGCUCUGUGUCCACCGCACCGACAUCCCUGUCAUUGUGGUGGGAACGCAAGAUAAGAUCAGCAGCACUAACCCCCGUGUGAUCGAGGAUCAGAGGGCCAGGCAGCUGUGCAUCGACGUGCGUCACUCCCUCUUCUACGAGACCUGCGCCACCUAUGGUUUCAACGUGGAUCGAGUGUUCUCCGAAGCUGCCCAGAAGAUCGUGGCUCAGAAGAGGCAGGCGGCGCUGCAGGCUUAUAAGUCUCUUCCCAACUCUCCCAGUCACUCUGGAGGCUCCACGCCGGGGUCGGCCUCCUUUCCUGGACAGACCACCAACGGCCCGAGCAGCGGUUACGCCUACUCCCUCCCCUCCACCCCGGUGAUCAGUCACAGAGAGCUGAGGGUGGCACAGGGGGAGGGAGCGGGCAGCUCACGCUCGCUGAAGACCAUCCCGCGCCGGCCGUCUCUCUUCAAGAAUCGAGACUCGGACAAGAAAUCUUCCGAGACCAAGUUAGACCCGAGCAGCAGCCGGGGAGCUCCCAUCAAGCAGAGCAUCUUGUGGAAGAGAAGCGGAAGUUCUCUGAAUAAGGAGUGGAAAAAGAAAUACGUCACCCUGACCAACAACGGAACACUGUGCUACCACUCCAGCUCCAGCGACUACAGCCAGAAUAUCCAUGGGAAAGAAAUCGACCUGCUGCGUGUGACGGUGAAGGUUCCUGGAAAACGUCCUCCGAGAGCCGUGGCCCCUGCAGGGAAUUCGGCUCCGCCCCUCAGCUCCGGAGUCAACGGUGUCAAUAAAGAUCUGGUGGCAGCAGAACCAUCCACUUCAGUUCCCCAGUUAUGUCCCGCGACGCUGUCAGUGGCAGAUGAGCGGGCGACUGCCCUCUCUCCGUCUGGAGUGGAGCGGACGCUUCAGCGCUGCCCCUCGUCCUUGUCUACCAAAGCACAGAGUGUUGACGGCCUUGAAGGAGCAGCGAGUUCCUUUGCUGGGAAAGAGCCCAGCCAGUCUUCUCCGAUGAGCGACCGGAAGAAGAAUCGGAGGAAGAAGAGCAUGAAUCAGAAAGGCGAUGCCGUCAUCUGCCAAGCUGAAGCAAAACGCAAAAUGUGGAAAUUAAAGAGCUUUGGUAGCUUGAGAAAUAUAAAUAAGACAGAGGAGGAGAAUGCCGACUUCAUCGUGGUGUCCUUCACCGGACAGACGUGGCACUUUGAGGCGCAGAGUCUGGAGGAAAGGGACUCUUGGGUGGCGGCGAUAGAGAGUCAGAUCCUCGCCAGCCUGCAAGCCUGUGAGAGUGGCCGGAACAAGGCCCGCAGGAGCAGCCAGAGUGAGGCCGUCGCCCGCCAGGCCAUCCGGAACACCAAGGGCAAUGCUUUCUGUGUGGACUGUGAAGCCCCGAAUCCCACCUGGGCCAGCCUGAACCUGGGGGCGCUCAUUUGCAUCGAGUGUUCUGGGAUCCACAGGAACCUCGGCACUCACCUGUCCCGGGUUCGCUCUCUGGACCUGGACGACUGGCCGGUGGAGCUCACCCAAGUGCUGGCUGCCAUCGGGAACCACAUGGCCAACAGCAUUUGGGAGGGCCUGACCCACAGCAGGACCAAACCCACGCCCAACGCCUCACGAGAGGAGCGAGAGUCCUGGAUCCGUGCUAAAUACGAGCAGCGAGCUUUCGUCCCGCCUCUCCCCGCACCAGCGGAUGACAGCAUGCCCACUUGUCUGCUGGCAGCAGUGAAGGAGCGGGAUCUGCCCAGGCUGCUGCUCCUGCUGGCCCACAGCAGCAAGGACAUGAUCAACGCUGCGCCUGCAGCCUCCCAUACCGCCCUGCACGCCGCCUGCCAGCUGGGAGACGUUGUCAUGACGCAACUUCUCAUCUGGUAUGGAAGCGAUGUGAAAGCCAAAGACAGCCAGGGCCAGACAGCGAUGGCGAUGGCCAGGAAGUCAGGAAGCAAAGCCUGCGUUGAUGUUUUGCUCCAGCAUGGCUGUCCGAAUGACAUGGCGCCAACAUCCGCCGCCGCCUCUGUCCUCUCUCGACGCUCCAGCACUGCCAGUCUGGGGAGACCCAGCUCCCGGACACACGUGUCCUAGUCUGGGAAUGGAAAAGAGACACAAACAGGGGUCUGAAACAAGGAGAACGUAUCAAUAUUAAACACAACUAUAUUAUAUUAAUACGGUUCAAAUGUGUCUCAACAUGUUCUUUGACUUAAAGCAAUAUCAUUCAGUGUAUGGAUAAUUGAUAUGUUGCUAACAUACUGUGUUGAUGUUGUUGACUGUACUUGGCCUCAGUUUAAGGCUGUUCCAGCCGACUCAUGUGUCACCUCCAGAUAGGACAAAUGGUAAUGAUGAUGUCACGACACAGACGGUGAGGGAGUUAUUACUCCCUGUCAUGCGGAGACUGAAUCAGACAAGGUGAGAGUGAGCUUUGUUUUGGGCCUGUGGGAGCAGUUUGGAUCGUAUUGGCUCAGAGAUGAUGCUGCCUCGCCGAGGUUGGAGUGAUAUUACUGUCAUGUUCUGGGUUCAACACUCGUGUAAAUUCACAAAACACACUCGGUGUUUAAGUGCAACCAAGACACAACUGGACUCUGUUUUGUAAAUCAUUUCGUAUGGUAGUCGAAGAGAAAGUCAUGUUUGUCGCCGUCUUUUAUAAGUUCUUAUUUAACCUGUGGCAGACACAUCAACCAGGGAGCAGCUGAACAUCAUCGAUCAUAUUAAACCACCCCGUGCAUUCAAAGUAAAUCCAGAACAACCUCUUGAGUUUUUGUCAAGCCACUUGACAACAGUGAACUUUUUA